AUGGAACAAGUAAGCUCUCUCAAGAAGACGCGGACGCUUCCUGGAUUAGUGCGAAGGUCUUCUGCCAGGCCACGGGACUCGUCAUUGCCCAAGCUUGACACCGACGUAGUCCCUGACCUGUCAGUCACGUCACCGCCGGGAAUACAAACCUCGGCAUCUACGCCGACUCUGACUGGGAAGAGGAACAGCAUAGCAAAGUCUCUGCGUUCUCUCGGGCUUGGCUCGCCCAUAUCUUCACCAACAGCCUCAUCAACAUCAGUAUUUGCAAUCUCAGACGGGGAGUCGGUAUCUCCACUGCCACGAACCCUCAGAAAACAAAGGACCGUGUCUAUCGACUAUGGAGGCAGCCAGCUGGGGCGCCGAGAGUCCUCACGGUCUAUCUUCAGCAUCAGUGCCGGCUCGCAUGAGACUACGUCAGUCUCUCAGAGCUCCACAAACAGCAUCGAUGGGAGGAUACAGUGGGAUCUGCAAAAUGUCAAAGGUGUCUUCAAGAUCAUCCUUGAGCAGCAUUUCCUGCGCAGCAAAUCGGCAUAUUUUAUUGUCACCAACAACUAUAUUAUUAGGGUCAAGGGCGUGGCCGACGUCCGUAGCUUGUUCCCAUCGCUGCCGCCGGACAUGCUCCCCGGUUGUCCUACCUCAGCCUCCAAGAUUGAACGCCCCGCGAACCCUGAGGUAUUACAGUUGAUACCUAUCGAAUCGCUCGUCUCAGCAUCCCGAGCCGAGAGCUCGCGGCCUUACUUUGGCAUAGAGCUCUGGUGGAAGUCGACAUAUUCACUCGCUGCGUUUGGGGCUUGUCAGUUCUUCGCAGAAGAUCCCACGAUGAGGGAUCUGAUGCUCGAAAGCGUCCAUGCAGCCGUGAGAGAGAAGGAUGAUACCAACUUUGGUGUUCCACGGGUGGCCCACGAGGUAGAGGAGAGGAUUUGCGAAAUAUCUCGACGAGAGGAGCCGGACUAUCCACUGUUGCAGCCCGAGAUGUUCCCCGUCGGAAUCAGGCUGGCUGACAAUGCGAAAUGGGCCGAGAACGAGUCCUUCUACUUUGCGAUUGGGAUGAAUCUAUGUUAUUUUAUCAAGGCAGCACGACCAGCGGACAAGAAGGGGUUGAUCACCACCUAUGAAAAGUACGGAAUUAUGAAUCUCGAAUGGGCUAAUGGCUGCUGGGCGCCACGGGAAGAUCGUUUUGAGCUACGAUUUCGAAAGCCCCUUGAAGCCAAGCCUACGUACCUGCACAUAUCAAGCCGGUUCUCACACCACAUAUUGCAGACACUGCUCAAGGCAGAUGAGACCCUUAGGCCGUGUUGGCCAAGUAGUCUUCGAAGAACCCAGGUUUUCAGGGUUGACCAGCUUCCGCCUUCAGUAAUAGAUGUCGAUGUGGCAACAGGAACAUCAACAGAGUUUGGCGGACUCCACAGAACACACAAGGCCUUCUGCGCCGCCUAUGAUUGCCAACCAGUUGAUUGGGAAAUGCGCCUCAACGGCGGCUUUGGUCCCGAGUUGCGCAUCCUGCCCCCUCGGGACGCGAGACCCUCCUAUGAGCCUCGCGAGCUAAUGGCAUUGCUAAGAGCUGUCCGCUACAACCGGUUCAUUGGCUCCAUAUCAUUCCGCGGUGUUAGUCUCAGGCCUCUCUGGGAUAAGUUCGACAGCUCACGGCCGGAAUCAGUGGCUUAUAUGGGCCCAGAUGAGAAAAUCAUCAGCUCCACCCUCUGCAGACAUGUGCAGAAAGGAUCAGUCCUAUCUCAGGAGAUCCAUGCAUUAGCAUUUUGCUUGCCGUCACUGAGGCAGAUCGACCUCACUGAUAGUCUUCACAAUCUUCCACGUUCCCCACACAAAGACCCAGACCUAGGCAUACUAUUCCCCAUAAUAAACCUCAUCGGUGCCGGUCUAACAGCCUGCAAUCGGAUUCUUGUAGCUGGGUGUACUCUGGGAUCGGCUGAUGUUGCCGCGUUAGCUAUAGUCGAAGCCCUCAUGGUUCAGUCUCGAUCACUUGAAGCUCUUGACAUUUCCCAAAAUAUGGGCCGCAUAUCCCCCGGCACUAUUUCAAGAUUUAUCGAUGCUAUGACUGGCCUGCACAGCUUGAAUAUUUCUGACGCGGUUAUCGGACAGGAUGAGACGAAUCUUUUGUCCUACAAGAGUCUUGGGGGGUUCAAAAGCAUCGAGCGUUUAAACAUUUCGGGAUACAAGAUGUCACUGGAUACGGAGAAGGCCUUUUUGGCGUUUCUCGAGAUGAAGGCUAUCGAUCAACGCCAAAAAGGUGGCUUCUCAAUAGCAUCACGCGGCCUCGAGCGAAUACAACUCGACAGCUGCGGGAUUGAUGGGCACCGGGCCGCACGUAUCAUCAAUGCAGCUUCAGGACUUCAGGGGCUACAUAUCCAUUUGAACGGCAACCCUAUUGAUCAAGGGGUGGAAGAUCUCGCGUCUGCCAUUGCAUUUUGUUCCGAAGGGAGCUUUGGGUUGCAUUUGGACAUGAUCGAGUUCAACAGGGUUGAAGGAUAUGUUCGGCUCGUCCAGGCCAUCACCGUGUCCAAACGCUUCAUCUACGUCUCCCUAGCGGGAACAGCCCCGCCGCCGCUACCCAGUGCGGUCUGUACCCCCGCCGUCUCGGAUGCGCUGGAGCAACUCUUCGCUCUGAACAGCUCUAUCAGAGUCCUCGACUUGUCAGGUUACGCCGGAAAGCUCGACGAGGGACAGCUGGGACGCGGGUUCGGUCGCGCCUUCAGGGGGCUCGGUCGAAACGACACAAUACGAACCCUCGUCCUCCGCAACCAAAAUCUCAGCACAGAAGUCGGUGACCUCGGUCUCGGAAUACAAGAGAACCGGGCCCUGCGUCGACUCGACAUUGGCGGGUCCGAGAUCAAUCUCACAGCUCUUUUGUUCUUGCGCAGAUCUCUGAAGUCGAACCGAACCAUUGUGCAGCUCCCCUUUGGCAAGGAGCAACAGGACCGUCUCCUCGAGCGUGCGGUCCACAACGUACCGGAGCCGGCGAGGACGGUGGCCUUGAGCGACCUUAGACUCGAGGUUUCGAAACAAACUGUUGGGAUUCAAAAGAUCAUUGCGCGCAACCGCAAGGAGGCCGAAAUGGUCGAUGACGGCGAGCAAGUCGCGAGUAUACUACUGGGCGCGGAAGGCGACCACGGUCUCAAUGUCGACGAGCAGGACGAAGACGACUUGCCCGUCUUGCCGUAUGCGGCGCGGCCGUUGCGUCGUCAGAGCCGGCGCGUCAUCUCUUCGCUCAUCGAGCCCGAGGUGUUUACCAGUCCUUAUCGCUUGAGCGACUUGGAGGAGGCUUUUGCGAGUGCGGGGACGAGCAAGAAUAUGGAUGUGUUCCCAGCCCGUCGUUUCUAG